AUGUCUUAUCAGUUGAUUGGAGCCGCCCUCGUGGUGGCAAUUUUCCUGUUGAUCAAAAUACUCAACUCUACUGACGUCCCAAAGAUCGUUGGCAUACCGGAGAUUCCUGGAGUUCCCAUAUUCGGCAAUUUGAUACAACUUGGCACGGAUCACGCCCGAGUUGCCGGACGAUGGGCUAAGAAGUACGGCCCAGUCUUCCAGACUCGCUUAGGCAACCGAGGGUUCACAAUUGGGACCUCCCCGUGGGAUGACUCUUGCAAGCAGCGGCGCAAGGCCGCAGGUACUGCACUAAACCGACCUGCUGUGCAGUCAUACAUGCCAAUCUUGGAUCUGGAGUCAGCUGUUAGCAUCAAGGAAUUGCUUGAGGAUUCCAAGAAAGGGACCAAAGACCUGGAUCCCAGUCUGUAUUUUGCUCGAUUUGCCCUGAACACAUCCUUGACUCUGAACUACGGGUUUCGAAUCGAUGGGAACAUUGAUAGUGAGCUACUCAAGGAGAUCACACACGUGGAGCGUGAGGUCUCCAAUUUCCGAUCCACCAGCAACAACUGGCAAGACUACGUUCCUCUGAUGCGCAUUUGGAGCACGCAGAACAAAGGCGCGGAGGAGUACCGAGUACGACGCGACAACUACUUGACCCUUCUGUUGAACGACUUGAAGAAGCGUAUUGCGGAAGGAACAGAUAAACCUUGUAUCACCGGAAACAUUCUCAAAGAUCCAGACGCAAAGUUGAAUGAAGCUGAGGUGAAGUCUAUCUGCCUCACCAUGGUUUCUGCUGGUCUCGAUACUGUUCCAGUCAACCUGGUCAUGGGACUCGCGUACCUCUCUUCGCGUGAAGGCCAGGAUGUACAGGAGAGAGCCAUAAAGGCUAUUGAGGAGGUUUACCCUGAUGGUGAUGCAUGGGAGAAAUGCUUGAUAGAAGAGAAGGUGCCUUACGUCACUGCACUUGUUAAGGAAACUCUGAGAUUUUGGACCGUUAUUCCCAUCUGUCUACCUCGAAGGAGCAUUAAGGAUAUCCCGUGGAAUGGGUCCGUGAUUCCUGCUGGCACUACCUUUUUCAUGAACGCAUGGGCAGCUGACUACGAUGAUCAACGGUUCAAGCAGCCCAAUGAAUUCCUCCCGGAGAGAUUCCUUGACGACGCUGAAGGAGGUACACCUCACUACGCAUACGGAGCAGGAUCCAGAAUGUGUGCAGGCUCUCAUCUAGCCAACAGAGAGCUAUACACGGCAUACAUCCGCCUCAUCACUGCUUUCAAGAUUACCGAAGCCAAGAAUGCUGCCGAUAGGCCCAUCAUUGAUGCAAUUGAGUGCAACAGUGUGCCCACAUCACUUACGACUGACCCGAAGCCUUUCAAGAUUGGCGUGAAAGUGCGCUCUGAGUCGAAGUUGCGGCAAUGGAUUGCGGAGGCUGAGGGAAGAACGAAAGAUUUGUGA